GCAGUGCGCAGGCGCGAGGUCUGUAUCGCGAGACCAUACAGUUGCCCGGGUAACCAGACGCUCAGGACUUGGACCUUCUAGUUGUUCGCAGGCCAGCCUACUGCCAGUGGUAUCCCGAGGGCAGGCUCUCUCCGGGCGUCUGUGCUCCCCUCUCUCUUAUAACCCAGUUUCUACCUUUCAGUGCCUUGGAGUCUUAGUCCUCUAUCUCUAUUCGCUUUUCUGUAUUUGCUUUGCCUCAGGGACGCACAACCCCAGCCCCUGUCCCAGUGAACCCGUCGCCAUGGAAUCCCUGCAGACUCCCCAGCACCACGAAAAUCAAGAUAAAAGGGAGAAGGGGUGUGGGGUAAAACACAUGCCUAUGGGCAAUAAUGCAAGGAAUCUUGAGCCCCGAAAAGAGGCGAUAGGAGUUGCCUUGAGUUCAGCAACAGCUGCGCGGAAUAUCCUGUCCGGUGUACACUGUGGCUGCUCCAAGCAAUGGAGACUAAAGUUACCAUCGGAGUCGCCGCAACGUCAGGGACAAGUGAUGAAGCAGCCUAAUAACAUUUUAAAACUCAGGAAUCUGGAUCUGUUGAUCUACCCUUGGCCAGAACUUAGAAGACGGCAGGUUGCUUCUGACCUAAUGAGCCCGCUCCUUCUCCCCGGUUUUUCCGGCCUCACUUGGGCCCCCUUCCUUUUCCUCUUCACAUAUCUGCCUCCUUUUCUCACUCUCUUCACUGUUCGUUUUGUUUCCUAUUUUCUGGUAUAG